AUGUGGGUGCUGGCAUUAGCUGGGGUUUUCCUGGCCGUUGCCAAGGCUUGUAUCUUUUGUCGACUCCCAACUCAUGCCUUGCCAAGCCGCCUGGCUCGGCUCAGUAGCCAGAUGGAGAUGCAGUGGAAGGAAUGGGCUUCCCCCGAUUUCUCAGCCUUUGCCUUAGAUGAGGUGACCAUGAACAAAAUCACAGAGAAGACCCACAGAGUCCUGAGGGUCAUGGAGAUAAAAAGAUCCUUUUCCUCGCUUCCUUCAUAUUGGCAAUGGCUUCAGAAGACCAAGAUCCCCCAGUACACCAGCGAAGCUCUCUGUGCUCCCGCCUGCCGGGGCAGCACCAUCCUGUACAACUGCUCCACCUGCGAGGGCAAGGAGGCGUCGUGUUGGCCCCGAAAGCGCUGCUUUCCAGGAAGUUACGAUCUGCGGGACGCUAAGAUUCUGCUCUUAUCUAUCUUCGGGAUUGUCCUGCUUUUGGGUGCUGUGAGCCUCCAGGUGGAGUACCGCCACCUGCAAGCGAAAGACUUGUGA